UUUUUGUGACACACUAGCCAUGGCUGUCGAACCGCAGGCGUCCCGGUUAAUGUGAAGUUGUUUGAUUUCUAAUAGCAGUAUUAUUGUGUUUUAUGAGCCAGAUAGAUGUGAUGUGAUGUCGGAUAAGCGUCAACGUGUCAGAGUCCAGGGCUCCUGGGCCAAACCACUGCCAAAACAUCUAGGACCCUCAGGCAAUUUAAAGGCUGCAGUCCCAAACAACCAACAACCCAAAAGUGCCAACCCAGCUCCUGCUGCUUGGGGAUGUAGUUCACAGAAAACAUCUAAGACUUUUGAGUUUCACCAGCCCACCAAGCCAAUUAGAGCUGUUCCACCAGAAAAGGUUAUAGAACAGGCGGGUGAUUAUGAGAUCAGCCAUGCACCAUCAGGAGUGUCCAGACUGCGGCUGCGGCCUGGGUUUCUUCCCUCAGAAGAGGCUGACUGGAUGUUCAGUAAGCUGCUAGCAGAGCUUCCCUGGUCCCAGAAGACCAACGUCAGACAGGGAGAGGCAUACGAGGAGCCCAGGCUGACCUGCUGGUAUGGAGAAUUGCCCUAUACGUAUGCUCGCUCCACCAUGGCUGCUAACACUCAGUGGCAUCCGUUGCUGUUAACCCUUCGUGAAACAGUGGAACAGAUGAGCAGAUGCAGCUUCAACUCCCUGCUGUGCAACCUGUAUCGGGACGGCCACGACAGCAUCGGCUGGCACAGCGACGAUGAAGCCUCCUUGGGUGCCAAACCCACCAUCGCCUCCCUCAGUCUGGGCGACACCAGAGUGUUCAGCCUCCGUAAGCAGCCUGCACCGGAGGAAAAUGGUGACUACACCUAUGUGGAGCGGAUUAGGGUUCCUCUGAGUCACGGGAUGCUACUGCUGAUGGAAGGAGCCACACAGGAUGAUUGGCAGCAUCAAGUUGCUAAAGAGUACCAUGACCGAGGUCCACGCAUCAACCUGACCUUCAGAAAUAUCUACCCAGAGCCGGAGGGCUACAGGCCGGGGUCCAAGCUGCGCUUCACAGCCAAGCAACCAUAAACUCCCCUCAGAGCUACAGAGUCCUGGAUGGGGAAAAAGCACCGACUUCGCUCAUCAACCAGCAAAGAGGUGCUGCUGGGUAAGAUGCUUCCGCCCACACUGGUCCAGCUGCCAUCACUAAAAGCUCCUAGGUGGAAGUAUCAGACAUGCAAACUUUUGUUUUGACCCAAAUUUCGAUCGUUUUAGGCAGGAUGUUAGUCUUGUGGUUUGAAAAGACAAUGUUUGCAUAUCAAUAUUCACAGAUCAUGGUGUAGUGUCUUAAUGACACACAGUGAAAUGUGCUGAGGACUCACUGUACAGCAAGUAAGACAGAUGUGCCUGUUUGUCAAACACCCUAAAAUUUAAAUGAUCUCCAGCCUGGUUUGUCUUGUGGAGCUUUCCGGCGAGAACAUAAAAAGUGAAGAAACAAGUAAAGUGGCCUCUUACACCAUUACAGCUCCAUCAGGGCUGAAAUUACUUAAUUGUCAUGUUGAGAAAGGUUUUUCUGACAUGUCCUUUAAAUAGGCAGGUUUUUUUGUUUAGUUUUUUUUUGUGGUAAAACAUCAAAGGUACAUUUACACAACUGUUUUUUGAAAUAUCAGAUGAAUACUGUAAGUUUUUAGUUUGUGUUGUAAAAAACACAAGUCAACAUGGUUGCAUUUUCAAGUUAUUAGUAAAAUGCACUGAAAAUGAAACUUAUUUUGAAAGACAGGGAAACAGUACUGUGUCAGCAACAACUAACAGAGGUAAAUUACUUGCACACCCAUCAACAUUUACUAAUAGUUUUGUGAGUGAAUAAUUUCUGUUGCAUAAAUGUGUAAAGUAAACCAUGUUCAACAAUUGUAAAACAGAUUUUGUUUUUGUUUUAUUUGAAAAGACUGAAGGUAUCUUUAUAUUAAGUGGUUAAUAUCAAAUCAGGAUUGUUGGAAGCCUGAACUUUUCCUUUACAUCUUGUUUGCAUAUAAUUUUGCAUUAAUUACCAAACGGUCCUGUGUUGUGUUCAUGCAUUGAUGUCACUGACAUCACAGUGGGUUGUUUCAACAUGAACACCAGUUCUAAAACUUUCACCAGUAACUUUCUUUGAUAAAUGAAGAAAUGGAGAAAACUUGAAUUGUAAUAAUCUGAAAUAAAGAUGAUAAAAUUAAAAACACAGCAGGGUAACCAGUUGUUGUAAACAGUUGCCAAUGACACUAAAAGUAAAGUAAUCUUGGUAUAUUAUGUAGUUACACAUUCAAGAUUGAUUCAAUUGAGCUUCUUGUAGAUUUAAAGGUUCUAUAUGUAAGAAUUGUGAAGCAAUUUACAUGUAUUAAUCGUUUUUUAUUGCCAAUGAGUGAACAAAUUGUAACAUAACUUAAAAAAUGAGACCUUUCCCGACUUCCUUGGUUGCCAGCAGCUUGUGAACUGAUUUCUAUGAGAAGGACUCGGACCAGUUUUUCUGCAAAAAUCCAAAGGAUGUGAUGUUUUUGAACGCUCCCGAGUGCCUUGCCUCUCUCACUAACGUCAACAAAUGACCGGCACCCACCACAACAAAAACAGUGCUAACUUAGAUACACCCUGCAGAUAUUAGCUCUCCAACUCUGUCACCCACCAGGUUGGCUGGUGGCUAACUGCCAAAUUAUGUCAGCUAUCACCACUUCUGGCCUCAUUACCUUUGUUUUUUGGGGGGUUGAAACGACUAGCUGCAUCCAUCGGCCACCACACAUGUCACAACAAAACUGCAGCAUGUUGCUCCCCAGCCACAGCUCGCUGAGCCUACCAGUGUUCAGUAAACAAAGUUGCUGGUUUGUGGGUUGGGUUCAUGUGGUUGAUUAAGGCAUAUUUUGUGGAUUGGCUCUCAUAACGGGUUGGGUGGGUGCGAUUAAUAGUCUUACGCUGCUGCUUGCUCGCGCUGAUGGAGUGCGAGCAACAGGAUGCUGAUUGGCCGCUGGUGUCACUAAUGAGAAGGAAUUUCUGAUUCUUACAAAUAGAACCUUUUAAUGUAAAAGUGAUUUGGCUUCCACACGUCUUCAUCAGGGAAAAGUUCUGUGUUAAUUUUGCUGAAACACGAUAUGACCCUAAGUUGUUGAGAUUUUCCGUUUACUUAUUUUAUUUAUUCAUUUUCUAACACUAAAGAGUUGCAAUGGUGUUAUUGAUUGCUGUGAUUCUGAAAUAAAUAAUUGAUAUUCAGCUGGAA